GCAAUCACAGCUCAGGACAAGAGUUUGGAGCAGCGAUAUGUAGACGAACCACUCAGCGCACUUUUUCCACCAAGUUUUUCCUUUGAGGCUUUUUAAUUGUGUCUAAAACAAAGUGAGCCGGGUUGCGCUGAGGGGAACAUAAAAGAGGCGACGGAGGCGCUCCAGCCAGGGAACAAGUGCUGUGAGAAAGAAACGCUUCAAAAGCACAGCCGCGCCCGGAUCUCACCCUACAGCACAGCGCGCGCUCUGCGUUCCUCUAGCAUGGCCAGUUCAAGUAAAGCGACUUUAAUCUUGCUCAUCUAUGGGAUCUUAAUGCACUACAGCGUCUUCUGCACACCUAUCGGACUAAAUUACCCUAGACUUGAAAACGACGCCUUCGAUGAGGACGGGAAUUCACUGUCCGACAUGGCUUUUGACAGCGACCGAAUUGCUAUACGAAGCCCUCCGUCCCUAAACGACGACGCAUACACUCUAUACUACCCACCAGAGAAGAGACCAGAAAGGCAUGCUGAGGAAGACUUAGAUAGAGCCUUGAGGGAGAUCCUGGGUCAGUUAACAGCGAGACAUUAUCUGCAUUCUCUGAUGACUGUUCGUGCAGGUGAAGACAACGACAUGGAGGAAGAGUCAGAGCCCUUAUCCAAAAGACAUUCAGAUGGGAUCUUCACUGACAGCUACAGUCGCUAUAGAAAGCAGAUGGCCGUGCAGAAAUACCUGGCAGCGGUUCUGGGUAGAAGGUACAGACAGAGAGUUAGGAACAAAGGACGCCGGUUCGCCUAUUUGUAGCGCUGUUAUAGCGCCCAAACUGCCCCCUGUGUAUAUACAUCCAGUCGUUAAAUCAGAGUCCUUCAGAUAUAUCUGACCAACCAGUGGAUUGCGCCUGUGUUCUCUCAACAUGUAUUUAUUUAUGUAUGAAGUAAAGCCAUUAAAAUGAAUAUUUUAUUAAUAAUAUCGUUUUUUUUUCUUUUUGUACGAAAGCACUUGAUACCGCAGUGGUGGACCAAUAUUUUAUUUUCAUGUUAAGAUGUUGAAAACAGCAAAAAAAAAAAAAAAAAAAAAAAAAAAAGGUGGUUACGAUAGAAGAAAAAAAAUAGAUGUGCACCUUUAACAUGCUUGAAAUCUUCAAAGGUCAUCUACAUUAUGCAGAAAAUAAAUAGAUUUUCAAAAGACAAUCAAAGUAUUGAAUGUUAUACUUAUUUUUGUAACCAACGUUCUAUUUUUUUAAGUGUUGUUUAAUUAUGUUAUUUUUUUCCAAACAGGCCCAAAGAAGCAGUGAGCAUGCUAUGUGAGGCAUAUCAUAAAUGAUAGAUGUUGUCCUUGCUCCCUUUAAUGGGAGCCCUGUGGAUUUGGACAGUUGGCUGCCCCUCCAAGGAGGCAUGGCUUUUGUUGGACAGCCUCUUAUUAGAGAGAUAACUGAACGACUUAGUGGUUUUUCAUUUAAUUUUUACAAAUAGAAAUGUCAAUUCCAGUCUUUGGAGGGGGGUUAAUGCCUUUAUUGAUGGUGAAGUUGCUAACCGUAUGCAGAAAACACUGCCUGCUCACUUGCCUCAAACUCAUUUCCAGUAGGAGAUAAAUUACACUCAACAGGACUGUGUAAAGAAUGUUUAACGCGUGUUUGUGUGGUACAAAACGUACACAGCACACACUCAUCUCAAUGUCAGCCAGAUUAUUUAGGUGGAAUGGGGUUCAGGUGUUGAUUGUAUUCAGGCAUAUAUUCAAGGAAGACGAUAAGAUACAAAAACAGGAGAACCUGAAAGGUAGCGCCAGAGUUCUAGUGGAGAAUAUUUACCUUUAUAUGGUGCAUGUGAAAACUGACACUGUGCUCAUUUUGUUGGCUUACAUUCAGCAUGUUGUUGCGCUUCUCUUUGUGAGGCAGGCUGUGUCCAAGCCUAAUUCAGCACCUCUCACUCCCCCUCAGAUGCUUUGUGACAAAAAAUGUGAAGAGAGGGCUAGAGGUGGUAUAUACUGGUACUGCACUGACAUGUUGCUCUUCAUUACCUCCCUUGCCACUGCUAUUGUGGAUAUGGGAUCCUAGUUUUGCUUCUUUGCUGAGAUUUUUUUAAUCCUCAAAGCAGAUUUUGAGAUCCAUUUAAAUGGGCAUGCUGAAUAGUUCAUUUGGCGGUGUUGUUGUUGAGCUGUUAGGAUGAAGCUGAUCCGUGUCGUACUGUGAGGAUGAGAGAGGUGAGAUGGAAGAGGAAGCCAGCGACAGCACUCACAAGCCAGUAGAUGCAGGCGAAUGUGGGAACACAAACAAGAAAUGACGAGAGUGGGUCGGCAUCGCCUCAGUGAGAUCAGGGUCAAUGAGUCUGAUAAGAAGAAUAUCAGACGUUGAAUUCCCCUCACAGAGUCCCAACGGGAGGACGUUAACAAGACCACUCUUGAGGUUUCCCUCUCAACUGAAUGAUAUGCCCUCCCACCAGAAGAAGGAGAUCCCCUCUGACUUUUACUACAGAUUUUAUUUUAUGUUUUCAUUCAACAUUAUGCAAAUGCAGCUUUCUGCACCCCCCCACUGGGUAGAAACCUCCUACAAUCUGGCUUUCCUUUCCCCACAUGCCUUUUCUGUGAGUGUGCCGCGUUCCUGUCUGAUCUAAUGUUUACGUGUGAGGAUGAGUGACUGAAUGCAAAAUGUGGAGGUGGAAACAGCUUUUCUGGCUUUGGUGCCUUGCUUUGAUGUGAGAAAUUAUAUAUAUAUAAAUAUAAAUGUAUAAAAAGAAGCUAAAAAAAUAUAAAAUUCGCCACAAGUGACAGAUGGCAAUUUUAGUGGCCCUAAGAUGCUGCAGUCCAUUAGCUUACAUUGAAACUUCCUUUUACUAUGUUUAGCUGCUCAGCUUAGUCCGCCCCAAUAGUAGUAGUAGAAUUAGGCUUUCGUUUUGUAGCAUGGCCAUUGACUUUAUUUUUUUGAGUGACAAAACGUAGAGAAGAAUAGAGCGUACGUGUUGGUGGAGCAGAAGAUGUGUGUGUGUGUGUGUGUGCAUGAGUUUCUGUGUCUGUGAGAGUUGUGAACAAUGUUCUUGUUAAAUAUGUAGUGUUGUUGAUUAUUUUCAUAUUGGUCGGUCCUUUAUUAUUCAGAAAACAACCUCUAUAUAUUAUUUAAAAAUCUGUGCAUCACCAUCUAGAACAAAAAAAGGGUUUCGGAGCAUAAAGGAGAUGUUUAAAUCGUAGAAAAUGCCUGUUGUUGAUAGCUCUGACAGCGCCAAAACGCCUUACUUCAUUGUGUAAUCUCUUAUCUAUUUGAAAACAAUGUGUUUUAAAAGUGAACCUCAGUGCAAGUGGCAUCAUUAGACACACAGGAGUCCUUAUUAAAUGGGGUUUUACGUUUCUCACUGUCAUGAAAGUGUUGUAAGAUUUGUAUGAAUAAAUUUUUGUAAACAAGAA